GCUCUGGGGAGGUCAAGGCUGGAGCUGUACCCCACAUCCCCUCGGCUUCUUCCUCUGAUAAACUUCCAGGAGAGCGACCACACUUGCUCUUCUGGAACCUUGGAGUCGGGAGCUCCACUGGGAGGAAGGCUGCAAGAGCCACAGCGUGUGUGAGGGCUUUCAAACCUCUGUUCCUUGAGCAGUGACUGCUCCUUGGCUGAGGGGGAUGUUCCAGUACUCGUUUUUCUGCAUCUGCUUUGUCAUCCAGCUCCAGCCAGUGUCUUUGAUGGCCCUGGACCCCUGCUCUGCCUACAUCAGCCUCAACGAGCCCUGGAGGAACACGGAUCACCACAUCAACGGCUCCCAGGGGCAGCCGACGUGCGACAGCCAGAUCGACGGCGAGUGGUACCGCUUCACGGGCAUGGCGGGCGACGCCAUGCCCACCUUCUGCAUCCCCGAGAACCACUGCGGCACCCACGCUCCCGUCUGGAUGAACGGCAGCCACCCGCGGGAGCAGGACGGCGUCGUCCAGCGCCAGGCCUGCGCCAGCUUCAACGGGAACUGCUGCCUCUGGAACACCACCAUCGACGUCAAGGCCUGCCCGGGCGGCUACUACGUGUACCACCUCUCCAAGCCCAGCGUGUGCUUCCACGCCUACUGCGGCCAUUUUUAUGACAUCUGUGAUGUGGUGGAUUGCCAGGGCCCCUGCCUGGACACCAGUGACUGCACCUGUUCCCCGGGGACAACACUAGGACCUGAUGGACAGACAUGCCUUGAUGAAAAUGAGUGUGAGCAGAACAACGGAGGCUGCAGUGAGUUCUGUGUGAACCUGAAGAACUCCUACCGCUGCGAGUGCGGGGUCGGGCGCACGCUGGGCAGCGACGGCAGAACCUGUGAAGAAAUCGAAGGCUGUCACAACAACAACGGAGGCUGCAGCCAUACCUGUAUUGAAGUGGAAGACACCUACCAGUGUGAAUGUCCAAGGGGGCUUGUUCUAUCAGAAGACAACCACACUUGCCAAGUUCCAGUGCUGUGCAAGUCGAGUUCUAUCGAGGUGAACAUCCCAAAGGACCUGGUUGGAGGCCUGGACCUUUCCCUCAUCAACACUUCGUGCAAAGGCGUCUCCAACGGCACUCACGUCAACAUCCAUUUCUCCCUGAAGUCCUGUGGUACUGUUGUAGAUGUGAUAGAUGACAAGAUCAUUGCCACCAACCUGGUGACUGGCUUGCCGAAGCAGACCCCGGGCAGCAAUGGGGACAUCAUCGUGCGCACCAGCAAGCUGCUGAUCCCGGUGACCUGCGAGUUCCCGCGCCGCUACACCAUCUCCGAGGCCUACGUGCCCAACCUCAAGAACUCGCCCCUGGAAAUCAUGAGCCGCAACCAGGGCAUCUUCCCUUUCACCCUGGAGAUCUUCAAAGACAAAGACUUUGAUGAACCCUACAGGGGGGCUCCUCCCACCCUCAAGCUUCGGGACUCGCUGUACUUUGGGAUUGAGCCCUUGGUGCACGUCAGUGGACUAGAGACACUUGUAGAGAGCUGCUUCGCCACUCCCACCUCCAAAAUCGAUGAGAUCCUCAAGUACUACCUGAUUCAAGAUGGCUGCGUGUCCGAUGACUCCGUGAAGCAGUACACGUCAAAGGACCAUCUUGCCAAGCAUUUCCAGGUUCCUGUGUUCAAGUUCGUGGGCAAAGACAACAGGGAGGUGUUCCUGCACUGCCGCAUCCUGGUGUGCGGGGCCCUGGACGAGACGUCCCGCUGUGCUCAGGGCUGCCGGAGACGCGCGCGCAGGGCGGCCGAGGAGGAGGAGGAGAAGGGGUCUGUUCAUGUGGCAAACCACGUCCUGACAGGGGGCCCCAUCAGAAUCGACUUUGACGACUGACACCCACCCUCUGGAACAGCAUCUCCGCCUGAGAGCGGCCUUCCUUAUCAGUGCCUUCCUUAUCAGUGCCUUCUGCCAUGGCUGUUUGAGAAACAAGAGGUAUUUGGCAAAGCCCCACUUGCACCUCAGGACUCAUUUCCUGAACCCUGUGAUGAUUAUUUGUGAGUGUUUUGGACACCUGGACUGCAGAAUGGUUUGGUUUUACCUGCAUUUCUUCCCAGCAACCCUUUGGCUGGAGGGACCCUGUUGCUUUGCAGACCAGAAGCGUUUCCCAGCUUUGUCUUUCCCUACAUCCACCUACAGGCUCCAGGACUGUGUGUCCUUGGCUAAACAAAUGUUAUCCAAGGCCUUCUUGCAUCAGACAGUACAAACAGUAUCAUAGCUGAACGUGUUUGCUGUGCAGUUCUGUGGGCGAUGCUGAAGCUUCUGGGUGACUGUUAAUAAAAACAAGUAUAAAAUAUUCUAUCUCAUCAUUUGUAAAUUCCCUGGAGCUGUACAAUUGCCGUUACAGGCAGCUAAAGCUCAGCUCUAUCACAGGCACAUUUAAAUGUUAUUUUAAAAAGUGAAAGGUAUUUAAUAAGGUUUGAUUUUUUAGUGUCUUUUGGUAAUUGCAUGCAGUUUAAUAGUGUUUCUGCCUAUAUUUAGCGUAUCAUUAUUUUUCUCCCUCUUCUCCCACCACCAAAAAUGCCUUUGCUAAGUGCUCUGGCACCUUGAUUGUAAGAGAAGCACCAUUAAACAUCUUUAAACACCCCC